AUGAAAGGCAAAAAUGCUGAGCAAAUUACAUCAAUGAUUCUGAAACAAUUAGAAAUGGACGACAUUAACAUUCAAGACUGUCGUGGACAAGCAUUUGAUAACGUGGCAUAUUAUCCUAUCACGUUAGAGUCAACAGAGAACAAUAAUCUUACAUUUUCAGGUUUUGAAGCAUUUCAUUCAAGCGGAAAAUGGAACCAACACCAAGGUCAGACACAACAGUGGCAGACUGAUGAUGAUCAACAAAGGAAUGAUGAUGAGUGUUUUCCAUGCGACAUCAAAAUUGAAUAUAAAAAAUCCCAAUGCCGUAAGAUCUGGCCCAAAGGAUAUGGGUGUUGGAGCGAGACGGAAUUGGAAAAAAUUUUCAAAACCUACUCGGAAAAGGAAUCACCGACAACCACUACUCCAACACCAGAAACCACUACUCUAACACCAGAAACCACUAGUCUAACACCAGAAACCACUAGUCUAACACCAACAACCAAAAAUCUAACACUGGUUUAUUCUUUGGCCACACUUUUGGUAUUAGCGAUCAUAUUUAUUCUCUUCUUAAUUUUAUGGAUAUCAUUUAGACGAAAACGAAACUCAACUAAUGUUCAAAAUGUAAAUGAGAACAAUCAUCCGUAUGAAGAAAUCGAUGAAACCACGACAACUAUUUCCUUCUGCAAUAGUAGUAUAGUGAAUAAAAACACUGCAACAACAACAAACCCAAGAAACAUCAGUGAGGAAACAUAUGAAGCCCUAGAAGAAGAGUCUGCUCCAAGAUAUGAUAAACUGGCUUUUAACGAACUGGAAAUUGUGAACAAUGAGAACAGAAAUAACUCUUAUCACGUCGUUGAAAAAUAAAAUCUACUGGUGAUAACGAUACGUUUUAUAACUUAAUAAUUAAUCAAAAUCUGUUACAAGUAGCAAUCUGUUACUGUUCGAUAACCAAAACCUAUCGAUAGAUGAUAACAAUGUCUUGAUGGUUUUCAAUAGAAUAUAUCACGUGAUACCAUUAUUGGAGUUAUCUCACUUCCUUUUUGUUUUCAGAUUUUAAAAUGUGAGAUUUCUUCCCUGAAGACGGGGGAAAUUGAUUCCAACGUCAGAUGAGACGAGCCCCCGUCUUCAGGGAAGAAAUCCUAUAUUUGAGGUGUUGACAGAAGGGAGAUUAAAGGUGGAAUUACGAUGGAAUACGACUUUUCUUCAACCCUUUAAUUCUUGAUAUCAUUUCUAUUCUGUGUAAGUCGGAACUUUUUAUAUGUAUAUAUAUAUAUAUAUAUAU